GAGCAUCCCGCCGAAGACGUGCACGUUACCGGUACCUUUGACAACUGGAGCAAGAGUGUGGAGCUGAAGAAAGUCGACACCGGUUUUGAGAAGCUCGUGUCGCUACCUCCAACGACCGAGAAGAUCUUAUACGGCGUCGCUGGGAGCUUCGCACUCCACGCGCACACGGCGACCACGCGCGUCUCACAGACUGCCAUGCUGACUCGCAACGCACAGUUCGUUGUAGACGGUGUCUGGAUCCACGACCACACCGGCAAGACCGAGACCGAUCACGAAGGCAACAUCAACAACGUCCUCUACCCCGAAGACAUCGGUCCUCCAAUGUCGGCUGCCAACAUGACUGGCACGUCUGCCGCGCCGACCACGACCCAGCGUGCAGGUCAGGUUCCCCUUGAGAAAGAGAAAGAUAUGAAGGACACUCCUGGCGCAUUCCCCGAGACACCCGCUACGGAUCUACAUGGCAAAGGCGAGCAAAGCAAUCCAUUUGAAGUCGCGCCUCUCCCUGCGACUGGCGGUAUUGGAAACCCAAUCCACCUUGCGCCAGGCGAAAAGGUUCCAGAAUCGUCGACGAUCACCCCGAACACCAUAUCCUCGCAGGUGCACGACGACCCGGAGCUCGUCGCAGCCGCAGAAAAGGAAGAGCAGAGUACUGUUGGAGUCGCGCCUCUCCCUGCGACUGGCGGUAUUGGAAACCCAAUCCACCUUGCGCCAGGCGAAAAAGUUCCAGAAUCGAGCUCAAUCACCACAAACACGCUCGACAGCAAUGUCAAGCUCGACAAGGCCUCAUACGAGAAGAGCGAUUCCGGCGCACCAGUCUUGCCUCCAGUUCUGACCCCACAGAAUGAGCGCGAUGCGGGUGGCGCAGGCAUGUUCGGUCUGGGACCCCAGACUACCAAUAUGAUCCCGGAAUCCAGCAUGGGCAUGGGUGCCGAUGCUCCUCCAGCGAUCGACGGACCCGCGGGCGCCGCCAUCUCUUCAGUCGGCGCAAACAGCACCACUAACCAGCUCGCAGGCCAGCAGCCACUCGAGCAGAGGGGUGUUCCCAGUGUCGUUACAGACAGCCAGCAAGCCGCACAUGUCGAUCCCGAGGCUUCUGCCAACCCUCGCGCCGUGGAGGAGAAGAAUGAGAUUGAAAAUGAGCUCAAAUCGAAGGUUCCUGAGGAGCCACCCGUUGGCGAGAAGAAGGAGAGCUCGAGCAACAGCGGUGGAAUCGCUGCGGCUGUGACUGGAGGUGUGGCUGCGGUGGGUGCUGGUGCCGCCGGCGCUGCCCUUGCUCUCAACCAGAAGACCAAGGAGACGACCGGCAAGGACCCAGUUUCCACACUCCCGCAGUCUGUUCAGGACAGCAUCAACGGCGCCAACAAGAACUCGUCCUCUUCCGUAGGUGGAGCCACAACCGCCGACAACGUUGGCUCGUCGUCAACUGCGACGCCCGCCAACGCUGUGCCCGAGGAGGUGAAGGAGUCUCAGAAGGAGGCCCACGUCGCACCAGAGGCAUCAGCGAACGCUGAGGCAGUUGAGGAGAAGAGCCAGGUUGAAAAGGAGCUUCUUGCCAAGACUGGCGAACACGCACCACACACCUCCACGACCGCCGCCAGCGCUGUGCCUGAGGAGGUGAAGGAGUCUCAAAAGGAGGCUCACGUCGCACCAGAGGCGUCAGCAAACGCUGAGGCUGUUCAAGAAAAGAGCGAAGUUGAGAAGGAGCUUCUCGCUAAGGUUCCGACCACACAAGAGACUGGCGAACACGCACCAGCCAUUGCCGCCGCUGCGGGUGUGCACACCUCCAAUGCCUCUGGCGAGCCUGCUCCCACCGCCUCCGCGGCCGCAGCGACCACGGCCCCGUCCGCCACCUCCGCUUCCGGUGCCCCUCAACUCGCCGACCCUGUCGGAGCCGGCCUCGCACCCAUCAACAUGAACGAGACCAACAAGGGACUUAACGCGCCUGCAACCGCACCCGCCACCACCCAGCCGCAAGACUCCCGCGACGUCUCGCCAAUGUCCAAGACGGCCACCACUUCCCGCACCGGUAACGCGAGCCAGGGUGAACCCCUCGUGACCGACGGCGUCACCUCUGCUGCGGCUCCCGCUACAUCCGGCACGCCUGUCGGCACGCCGAGAAAGGUCGCGCCGGCGCAGGCGAAGAGGAUGAGUAUGCGAGACUCGUCCAAGAACUCGGGAAUGCCGGACUCGGGCAAGGAGAAGAAGAAGGGAUUCUUCUCCAAGCUCAAGGAGAAGUUGAACAAGUAG